UAAAAGAAUGGGUAUUGGCAAUAGUGAUUCUUGGAGAAUAACUAAAGUUAAUGAUAAAUAUGAGAUUUGUGAUAGUUAUCCUUCUGUUUGGGCUGUUCCUGUUUCAUGUACUGAUGAUGAUCUUCGAGCUGUUGCAGCCUUCAGGAGUAGAGGACGACUGCCAGUUCUUUCAUGGAUUCAUCCCAUUUCACAAGCGAGCAUUACUAGAUGUUCACAACCACUUGUUGGAGUCAGUGGUAAACGAAGUGCAGAUGAUGAGACAUAUGUCAGGACACUUAUGGAAAUAAAUUUACAAUCUCACAAAUUAUCAAUCAUUGACGCAAGACCGAUGGCUAAUAUAUAG